AUCGGGAUGCAGUCGUAUAAGGUAAAACGGAGGAGCCGCGUGUGUUGCGGAGUGUAGAUAGUGAAAAACCGCUUGAAAAACAAACGGACGACAAACGUCGACCCUUGCCUGCCCCUUUAUCAUCACUUCCUAGUGGAAGUUCCUUUCACAUCGGAAUCAUCUUUCCAAUAUCAACGACACUCAUCCCAGGAACUGAUAUCCAAGAUGCCAGAAGUUUUGUUCAGCCAACUCAUAGUAGCGGGUUUCGGGAGCAACAGAGAGCUCAUUAAAAUCUCAGCAAUACACGGGAAGAGAAUAUUUUCCACGUGGAUAAAACCUUCAAAAGCAACACUGCAUACAGCCUCGUCCGGAGUUCCGGGAUUGGAAUGUAAAAAUUACCAAUAUUUCGUUAACGGUGAACAACAAAAACCGAUUCAAUCGAUAGAAGAAGCUUUGCAGAAUUUUCGCACUUUCAUUACUAAUGUUGUGGGAAAUUCAGUUUUAAUUGCUGCUCAUGGUUCGAAGCUGCACUUCGAGCUCCUAAUCGCUGCCAUUCAAAGAGCAGGCUUGGCGAAGGAGUUCGAUAGUCUUAUUAUCGGUUUUGUAGAUACUCUCUUGGCUUUCAAACGAAAAUUCCCAGAUGAAUCGGGUACCCGAUCAUUCUCGUUAUCAGCUUUGGCACAAGAUCUGUUGGGUCAAUCAUACUCGGGACAAGUUCACAGAGCAUCGCAUACUUUGCCACUUCUCAGAAGGAUUGUAAUGGAGAACCUUGAUCUAUCUAGAGUCGCUAAGGAUAUGGUACGUUAUAAACAAGCUCUUUCAAGUGCUAAAAGAGAGCAUCAGCAGCGUACUCCCCAUCGGUUUGGACUGGACGACGGAGCUGGUCCAUCGAUGGCAAAACCGAUGGUUCAAUUGAGACGCGGCGACACGAGUCGGAGUGAACGAACUCCAGAGUGGCAGAAAAAACGACGUGGAGAAUCCGAGUUUGAUUAUUCCAAGGAGGAUCGGUCUUCACUGGCAGCAGGGCCAUCGGAAUCACACUAUGCUGACCUCGAUUUUUCAGGGUAUGAAGGAGGUACAUUCGAGAAGGAAGAGUCCCCGUACGCGCAGAUUCGUUUCUAGGAACUGGAUUAGUUCCUAGAACUGGCGGCGUACUUCAUAAAUUGCCGAAUCAUUUUUUUUUUCAUCCCUGCUAUUUUUCAUGUACUUAGGGAAAAGGGAAAAAUGAAUUCUUCCAGAAGUUUAACACAACAAAUUCAAAAUGGGAGUUUUUUCAAAUCGAUGAAAAUAUUUUUACAAGUAUUCCAUUAUUUCAUUAUUGCAUUUCAUUGUUUUUUUCCAAUAAUUGCAAAAUAAUCACCGUACGUUUCUUAGUGCUCGAGGCUAAGAAAUAAAUGAAGCUUCUCAAACUGCUAACAAGUACGAUAUUUCUUAAAAAAAACUCGGUUCGACUCAGUCUUCCCUUAGAUCAUGAGCCGCAGGUGCACUUAUCAAAUGGAAUUACCGCGAAAUCGUUUGUCGGUCAGGAGGGAAGAAUCCACUUUACAAAAAUUUUCAUUGCCGAGAAAGACGAUCCGGUUCACGAAAAUUUACAUCAGAUAAAUAACGAGAGUUUACUUUAUACAAAGAAAUCAGUGUGCAUGAACGAAAAAACACAAUUUAUUACGACGUUUUGCUUUCUCCGAAAACGCGCAUGAUCAUUUUGAGUAUGGAAUAUAUUCUAUUUAAAAUUAAAUUUCCUAUAUAUUUCGAAAUUCAGUGAAUAUCUACUUUGUUUUAAACAGGCGAUUUAUCGAUUUAGCUCAUCUGUGUUUUUUUCUCAUAAAACGAUUCGCAGUGCUGAAGGUAUUAAUAUUUUAGACGUUUUAAUAUUUAUAAAUAGUUAAAUGAGGAUUAAAUAUUCCCAUUAAAUAUAAUAACCGUAAUUCUUGCGAACAUUGAUACAUGCACAGUCGGUGUUUGGCUCCUGCGGUUUUACUUCAACAAUUCGUGCCGAAGCCAAUACCUGGUUAGGUCGAACGUUAGCCAUGCACCAGCUUGAGCACGAUCCCUGAACGUAAAGCAAUAACUCUGAGAUUUCGACGAAGAAAUCAGGGAAUAUAUAACCAACUGUAUCGGCCGGGUUUUCCACAGUUUCCCCGAGCCCUUGAGCGAAUGCGGUACAGUUAUUCAUUGAAAAAAAGAGUGGUUGUGGGCAACGCUCUUGGGAUGAGGUGUGGGGUAGCAAUAAGAGAAUUAGUCAAGUACGAGAAAUUUAUGAUUAAGAUAGAUAUAGGACGGGCUAUGGGAACUCGUAAAAGUGCGCAAAGGAAUGGCGAAACAUAUUGGUAUGAUUUGAGCUUGUUGAGUACCAUUAAUCGAUGUCUAUAUCAUUGUAAAUCUCACGUAUAGGUACACUGCACGUCUUGACCUGUCGUUUUAAUACUUUUCGUCAAGAUGUUACCGCGUCUCUUGAUAUGUAUUGACUUGAAUGUAUGGACGGUUGCACUUAAAAACUUGAAUUACUGGCUUUAUUUGUACCCCUGUAACUGUCAAGAAAAUAAAGAGUUUUCCAUAAAGACAA